AUGCCCUACGGGAAACACAACCCAAAGAGAUUACAACGAACCAAACGAACCAAGACCUUCACCGGGUGUUGGACGUGUCGCCUUCGGGGCGUCAAGUGCGAUGAAGGAAAGCCUACAUGCGGUCGAUGCAACAGGGCUGGAUUGUCCUGUUCCGGCUACGGCGAGCGGCUUGUCUGGGAAGAUGCCAGAGAGCGCAAUCAGAAAGGCCUACAGCGGCGUGUUAUGACCAAUAGCUGGGAGGGCUAUCGUCCUAUUCUCGAUGAGCAGGAGAUUGAUGCAGUCCUCGAAACCAUCGAUGUUGUUCAGACUGGCGAGGAGUUUCAGGCGGGUGUCUUCGCUGUCUUCCCGGCGUCGGGCUGUGGUAAACGACCCUGCUGGGACCGUGACGAUGUGGGCGUUUCCGCCAAUGCUGACACCGAGUCUGUCUCGACCACCUCCAGUCAAGCCACUGCCGACUUGAGCCUGUCCCUCACAGCUAAAUGGUGUGAAUCGAUACCAGCAGAGGUCGAGAGAUCAUUUGAGGCUUCUGACUUUGACGAAAUCGACACUCUGUCCCCAAUAGAGCUUCCGGUCGACGAUGGCCUGUUGGAGUGUUAUCCUUUCCCUUCUGCCGCUCCUCUCUUCCCACCCUUGCAGGAAGGAAGCCAGUUGAUGCAUCACUGGGUCACGGUCUUCAGCGGCCUCAUGAUUCCGACCGAACAUGCCGACAAUCCCUUCCAAACAAUCUAUGUCCCACUGGCGCUCGCGGCCCCCGAACAAACCCAGCUCGCAUCCGGGUACACUGCUCUCUUACAUGCCAUGUAUGCGGUUUCAGCCUUCCACCAAGCUCGCUUGCGCCCCGUCGAGCAAGGCUUCUUCGCCGUCGGGACAAACCAUCAUCGUCUGAGCCUCAAAUACCUACAUCGCAGCCUGACGGAACGGCCGGAAACACAGCGACAGGCCAUAUUGGCUGCGAUGAUUGCGUUACAUUUGAUCGACAUGAUCAACGGGCACUCGUCGAGUUGGCGUCUUCAUCUCCGCGGGGCGAGAGACUGGCUUCAGUCUCUCAGCCGGAUCAGUUGGAGCAGUGGCCGCAGCUCCUCCACCCUCUACCAACUCUUCCUCUGCAUUGAAGCUCUCGGGCCGUCCAUCGGCGGCAUGACCACUUCGUCACGCUCCGUCAAGGUACACCCACCCACCGACGUCCUGGCGCCCGACUACACGCUGGAUAGUUUCUUCGGCAUCACCAGCACCGACACAAGCUACUGCCUGGACCGACUGUACGGCGUGACCCGCCCGAUCUUCGAGGUCAUUGUGCACAUUAACCAGCUGUUGAAAUCAGGGACAUUCCCGUCCGAUUCGGAACUGAACAACAUCGAGCUCAAGAUCGUCCUGAAUAAUCCUGCCUUCCUCCGGUUCCCCUGCGCGACCACCACCUUGGAAGAAUUGACAAGGCAUCAUGCAAGCAGUUUCUACAAUGCUUGCUAUAUCUACUUCAAAAGGACCCUCCGGAGGGCACCUCUGAGCACCACACAGAACCUGGUGAGAAAGAGCCUCGAGCAUCUGGAGGCCAUUGAGCGGCUAGAAAACCGUGGCACUGGCUGGGGUCUUAUAUGGCCUGGGUUCAUCACUGCCUGCGAGGCGAGGGACCAGGAUCUACGGCAUCGCGCGAUGCGGUACUUCCAAAGAGGGACGAGGCUGGGUAUGGAGACGUUUGAUUCGGCGGCGAGAGUCGUUCACGAGGUCUGGCGUCGAAUGGAGACCGAAGACAGCACUCAUUUGGAUUGGAGAGUUAUAAUGGAGGAACUAAAUAUAGAUCUGAUCCUUGUAUAA